GCGACCUCCGCUCGCCCCGCUCUGCAAUGGGCUCAUCAACUCCUACGAGGACAAAAGCAACGACUUCGUCUGCCCCAUCUGCUUUGAUAUGAUUGAGGAAGCAUACAUGACAAAAUGUGGCCACAGCUUUUGCUACAAGUGUAUUCAUCAAAGUUUGGAGGACAAUAAUAGAUGUCCCAAGUGUAACUAUGUUGUGGACAAUAUUGACCAUCUCUAUCCUAAUUUCUUGGUGAAUGAGCUCAUUCUCAAACAAAAGCAAAGAUUUGAGGAAAAGAGGUUCAAAUUGGACCACUCAGUGAGUAGCACCAAUGGCCACAGGUGGCAGAUACUUCAAGAUUUGUUAGGAACUGACCAAGAUAACCUUGAUUUGGCUAAUGUCAACCUCAUGUUGGAGUUACUUGUGCAAAAGAAGAAACAACUGGAAGCAGAAUCACAUGCAGCCCAACUACAGAUCCUUAUGGAAUUCCUCAAGGUUGCGAGAAGAAAUAAGAGAGAGCAACUGGAACAGAUCCAGAAGGAACUAAGUGUUUUGGAAGAAGAUAUUAAAAGAGUGGAAGAAAUGAGUGGCUUAUACUCUCCUGUCAGUGAAGAUAGCACAGUGCCUCAAUUUGAAGCCCCUUCUCCAUCACACAGUAGUAUAAUUGAUUCUACAGAAUACAGCCAGCCUCCAGGUUUCAGUGGCAGUUCUCAGACAAAGAAACAGCCUUGGUAUAACAGCACAUUAGCCUCAAGACGAAAACGGCUCACUGCUCAUUUUGAAGACUUAGAGCAGUGUUAUUUUUCUACAAGGAUGUCUCGUAUAUCAGAUGACAGUCGAACUGCAAGCCAGUUGGAUGAAUUUCAGGAAUGCCUGUCUAAGUUUACAAGAUAUAAUUCAGUACGACCUUUGGCCACAUUGUCAUAUGCUAGUGAUCUCUAUAAUGGUUCCAGCAUAGUUUCUAGUAUUGAAUUUGAUCGGGAUUGUGACUAUUUUGCAAUUGCUGGGGUCACAAAAAAGAUUAAAGUCUAUGAGUACGGCACAGUCAUCCAGGAUGCAGUGGAUAUUCAUUACCCUGAGAAUGAAAUGACCUGCAAUUCCAAAAUCAGCUGUAUCAGUUGGAGCAGUUAUCAUAAAAACCUGUUAGCCAGCAGUGAUUAUGAAGGUACUGUUAUCCUAUGGGAUGGAUUCACAGGACAGAGAUCAAAAGUGUAUCAGGAACAUGAGAAGAGGUGUUGGAGUGUUGACUUUAAUUUGAUGGAUCCUAAACUUUUGGCUUCAGGUUCUGAUGAUGCAAAAGUGAAGCUAUGGUCUACCAACCUAGACAAUUCAGUGGCAAGCAUUGAAGCAAAGGCUAAUGUGUGCUGUGUGAAAUUCAGUCCCUCCUCCAGAUAUCAUCUGGCUUUUGGUUGUGCAGAUCACUGUGUCCACUACUAUGAUCUUCGUAACACUAAACAGCCAAUCAUGGUAUUCAAGGGACACCGAAAAGCAGUCUCUUAUGCAAAGUUUGUGAGUGGCGAGGAAAUUGUCUCUGCCUCAACAGACAGCCAGCUAAAACUGUGGAAUGUAGGGAAACCAUACUGUCUACGUUCCUUCAAGGGACAUAUCAAUGAAAAAAAUUUUGUAGGCCUUGCUUCCAAUGGAGAUUAUAUAGCUUGUGGAAGUGAGAACAACUCUCUCUAUCUGUACUAUAAAGGACUUUCUAAGACUUUGCUAACUUUUAAGUUUGAUACAGUUAAAAGUGUUCUGGAUAAAGACAGAAAAGAAGAUGAUACAAAUGAAUUUGUUAGUGCUGUGUGCUGGAGGGCACUACCAGAUGGGGAGUCCAAUGUGCUGAUUGCUGCUAACAGUCAGGGUACAAUUAAGCUUACUAAUUAACUGUGGUGAUAACUAAUCUGAAAGAGUUCAUGCAGUGCUUGAAUUGAAAGUAAGAAAGGAUUAAUGUCCAAUACCUUCACCUUCUUGAGCAUUCCACCAGUUGGUGCUAGAAUUGGUAUGAAGGGUUUACUGAAGACAUCUUGUGCUCGGUCUUGCUGAAAAACAACUGCAGCUGUGACAGUGAGAGAAGAAACAGAAAUGUCGUGUGAUGUCCCUCCCAAAGUCAUCUGGGUUUUAGAUUUCUUUCGAAUACCUUUUUCCAUUUUUUCCUCCUUUAUGACCUUUGGGACAUUGGGAAUACCCAGCGAACUCUCCACCAUCAAUAUAACUCCAUGGACUUUGCUGCUGUUGGUGGUGUGGUUAUCUAAUUUUUGUGAUAGGGAAAUAAAUUCUUUUGAAUAAAAAUAAAUAACAAAAAAUAAUAAAAAUUUAUUGA